GCCGGCGUGUGGGCAUCUGGGGCCUGCCCACCCGGACGUGUCUUUUUCCCUCCCUGAUUCGACAGGGCCGCCUACCGCGGAGGCGCUCGAUGCCGCAGGUGGUAGCCCCGAGUCUCCCGGGCGAGCGAGGCUUGCUUUCCCCCCGGAGGCCGCCCCUGCCUCAGAGCUUGGACACGUUUUCUUCCACGGCCCUGCCUUCUGAGGACCUCUGCUUUCUUCACCACAGCUUCUUCAGGUAUGAGGAGGAGAUGGAAGCACAUUCUCACGCGGUCUCAUCCCUGCCAGCUGUGAGCUUCAAGGACGUGGCUGUGACCUUCACGCAGGAGGAGUGGGGACAACUGGAUCUGGCCCAGAGGAGACUAAACCACACCGUGACUCUGGAGACCUGCAGCCACCUGGUCUCUCUGGGGCUUCUGCUUUCCAAACUGGAUGUGAUCAGCUGGCUGGAGCAAGGACAAGACCCAUGGAGAGCAGAACAGGGACCUCCCCAAGAUUGGAAGAAUAUAUUUGAAAAGAAAGAGUCAUCUUCCAAAGAAGAUUUUGCUGUGGAAGAACCAUUCCACCACAUAGAAAUGAAACACUGCCUACAGGAGGAGGGCCCCUGGUUGGUGUCAUUAGGAGAAAGGCAGGAUUGGAAGAACCAGCUAAGGGAGCACCAGGAGGACUCUUGGAGUCAAGUGGUACUUACCACAGAGACACUGUUUGCUCAAGGGGACCACUGUGAGCAUGACCUUGGGGGAAGUUACCUGAGUAUAAGCCUUCUACCUCCAACAUUACUCACAAGAACACAUUUCCGUACCCUUGACUCACAGGUUAAAAUGUUGAAACAGAAUUCAGUUUUCAUGAAUCAUGAGAAAGGCCAGGUUGAUAGAAAGCCUUAUGAAAAUCACCAAAGUGCUGGAGUCUUCUCUCGGAGCAUUUAUUUGAAUAAACUUGGAAAUGUUGAAAUGAGAAAUAAAAAACUUUGUGAAUAUACUGUCACUAGUGACUCUUUGAGCUAUGGUACCUCCCUGCAAUUUCAUAAUAGACUUUUCUCAGCAGAGAACAACAAUAACUGUCCAGACUAUGGAAACAUCAUCAAUCAUAGCAAGACUUGGAAUGAACACAAGCCGAUGCAUCUUAGAGAAUGUCAGUAUGAGUGUGAUGACUGCCUCAUACAAACCGGAAUAAGUGAUUGUAGAGAAGCACCAUUUAGGUGUGGGGAGGAACAUAAUGCCUUCCACGUAGCCUCAUCUUUUACUGGCUGUGACAUCAUUCAGACUGGAAAGAGGCCACAUGCAUGCUGUCAGUGUGGAAAAUCUUUCAGCUGUUGUUCUAAGCUUGUACACCAGAGAACACACACUGGAGAAAAGCCCUAUGAGUGUACUCAGUGUGGCAAGUCUUUCAGCCAGAGCUAUGACCUUAUCGUACAUCAGAGAACACACACUGGAGAAAAGCCCUUUGAGUGUAACCAGUGUGGGAAAUCCUUCACCCAGAGUUCCAAACUUAUUAGGCAUCAGCGAACUCACACUGGAGAAAACCAUAUAAAUGUCACGAAUGUGGAAAAUCUUUCAGGUGGAACUCUAACCUUAUUGUACAUCAAAAAAUUCAUACCGGAGGGAUGCCUGGGUGGCUCAGUUGGGUAAGCAGCUGC